GGAGUUCUCACUUAUUUAGGUUUAAACAAGCUCUGUUCAAAAACUCAAAGCUUUCCAUUUCCUUUCUCUUCAUUUUCAAGCCAUUAAGCUCUCUCUGUUUCCGUCAUGGCUACGAAACCAGCUGAAGAAUCUCCACAGCCAUUGAAAUACGAGACAUGGGUCUUGAGAGUUUCUAUCCAUUGCGAAGGCUGCAAGAAGAAAGUCAAAAAAGUUCUCAAGGGCAUUGAUGGUGUUUAUACCGUCGUUGUAGAUUCACAGCAGCAUAAGGUUACGGUGAAUGGCAACGUUGAAGCAGAUACUCUUAUUAAGAAGCUUUUGAGAUCAGGAAAACACGCCGAGCUUUGGCCGCAAACGACUGAAACGAAGAAGGAGAAAAAACCCGGAAAGCCCAAGAACAAUGACAAACAAAUGGAAGCUAAAGAUGGUCAGGAAGUUGGUGGGGAUGAUUAUGAUAAACAGGAUGCACCAGUAAAGCCUGAAAACGCCAUUUCCAUUGACAAGCCACAGGAGAGUGCUGGCAUAAAAGGCGGUGAAAGCAAGGAGGAAACUGCCGGUGGCAGUGGUGGGAAGAAGAAGAAGAAGAAAGGACAAACGGGUAAUGGCGGCGGUGAAAAUGUUGGCGAUGCCACUGCAGCUGCAAGCCCAGACCCAACUGCUGGUUCUCCUAUGGCUACUCUCGAACCGAUUCCAUUUAUGGCCAGGAUGAAUAUAAGUCCCCUACAACUCGACCCUCCAAAUCACCAACAAUAUCCCUCUCCGCCGCCUACGUAUUAUCCUCCUCCAACUCCAAUGAAUGGAGUAGGUUACAAUACUGCAUAUGCUACUGCUAAUACGUCAUAUUAUGCCUCUGCCAUGCAUACUUACUUAUACUGUCAACCACCAGCAUAUACGCCCUUUCCACCGUCCGAUCCAAACUAUGAUGCUGGAUGCUCUAUUAUGUGACAAAAUGUUGAGCCAUGCAACAAGGGAUAUACAAAUAUCAGUCAAUAACUAGCAUAAAUCAUGUAUGUGCUGGGGAUGGAGGAAGAGGGCUUUAAUUUUGCAAGAUGCAAUAUAUCUAUGUGAAGGCACUGGAACUAGGGAUUAAAAAAAGAAAGAAAGAAAGAUUGUCUCUACUACCCAGUAUCAUUAUUUAAAAAAAAAAAAAAAAACUUUGUGAUAUGUAUGAUCUAAAUUGUGAUUUAUGUAAACUA